AUGGCUUCGCGCUCGCUCCUCGCCACGGUUUGCCUGCUGCUCCUAACGCUGCUUGGCGGCACCCUCGUCGAAGCACGUCCAGCGCCACGGUCGCCGCACCGGAACGCACCAAGACGUCACCUCUGGACGACGGACGCGCCGGAGGGCAGUGCUGAUGGCUACCCGAACACAUGGUACGCGCACCGCAAACUCGGCGAGAAGAGCAAGCCCCCGAAGAACGCGACGACAAAGGGCGUCCAGUUCGACGUCGGCAGCUUCGGAGCCACAGGCGACGGUCAGACCGACGACACCGGCGCGUUCCAGAAUGCCUGGGCCCAGGCCUGCUCCUCAGAACAACCCGCCGUCCUGCUCGUCCCCGCCGGAAAGAGCUACCUCGUCAAGGAGACCAGCCUGUCGGGGCCGUGCAAGUCCAAGGUCACGUUCAAGCUCGAGGGAACCCUGGUGGCUCCGGAGGACAAGUCGGGCUGGAGCAAGCAAGGCCACCCGCACUGGGUAAGCUUCAGCAACGUCGACAGCCUCACGGUGACCGGCAAGGGCGCCAUGGACGGAAAGGGCAAGACGUCGUGGAAGAACUCGUGCCGCCGGAACCACAAGAUGCCGUGCACCUUCGCGCCGGCGGCGCUCACCUUCUCGUCGUGCAACCACCUCAAGGUGGAAAACAUAAAGCUGCUCAACGCCCCGCAGAUCCACCUCUGGGUGGAGUUCUGCAGCGACGUGACGCUGUCCCGCCUCACUAUCGCGUCGCCCGGGGACAGUCCUGAGAACGAUGGCAUCCACGUGGCGCACAGCGACGGCGUCCGCAUCCUGGGCGCCAAGAUCAAGGCCGGCGACGACUGCAUCUCGAUCGCCAUGGGCACGACGAACCUGUACGCUACCAAGAUCGAGUGCGGGCCGGGGCACGGGAUCAGCGUCGGGAGCCUCGGGAAAGGGAGCACCAGGGCCGAGGUGUCCAACGUCACCAUCGACGGCGCGCACGUGUCGGGCACGCUGUUCGGGGCCAGGAUCAAGACGUGGCAGGGGGGCACGGGGUACGCCAGGGACAUCAAGUUCCUCAACAUGGUGAUGGACAAGGUGAAGAACCCCAUCGUCAUCGACCAGAACUACUGCACGACGUCGGACCCGUCCAAGCCAAAGGCGUGCAGCCAGAAGGAGUCCGCGGCGGUGGAGAUCAGCAACGUGGAGUUCAGCAACAUCAGGGGCACCAGCGUCAACAGGGAUGCCAUCAGGCUGCACUGCAGCGAGGCCUUCCCCUGCCGCGGCGUCGUGCUGCGGGACAUCGAACUCAAGACGAGGGGAGGUGACGAGAAGAACGCCGCCACGAGCACCUGCGAGAACGCCGUGCUGGGCGAGACGAGCAACGUUUCGCCGGCGCCGUGCUCGUCGGCGGCGACCAAAGAGGAUUUGGUUCCGCUAGGAUCUGAAGAAGAUGUCUGA